CAAAGCAUUGCAGACCAAUCCCAGAGCAAGGUAUCACUGAGCUUCUUCUUCUUCCUUCUGACAAAACCACAGUAGAAGGAAGAAGCUAAAGCUUCCUGUACUUGUCUUCGAUUUAUGGCCGCCAAGCUUCUCCAACCACCGUUCCAAGCUUCCCAUGUAAUUGCUCCAAAACCAAGAACCACAAAAAUGGUGAAAGCCCAGAGAUUUCUCCCUGACACUCAUCUAAUGAGCAAGAGCACAAUCUUUGGCGAUUUCCCAUCUGGGUUUACACCCAUUUACACCACCAAAGUUACAGAACAGAGCUCCGGCAUUGUUGGGGAUGAAACACUUGCCCAGAUCAAAACAGAGCUUUUCCAGGCCGUACAAGGAGUAAACAGAGGUAUAUUUGGAAUCCCAUCUGGAAAGAAAUCUGAGAUUGAAGGUUUGGUAAAGCUGCUAGAGUCUCAGAAUCCAACUCCAAAUCCUACUGUGAAGCUAGAGAAGGUGGGUGGAUCCUGGAAGCUACUCUACAGCACCAUUACAAUCUUGGGUUCCAAGAGAACCAAGCUGGGAUUGAGAGAUUUCAUUUCCUUGGGAGAUUUUUUGCAGAUCAUCGAUGUUGCUAAGGGAAAAGCAGUGAAUGUGAUCAAGUUCAGUGCAAAGGGACUGAAUUUGUUGAAUGGACAGCUCACUGUUGAGGCAUCCUUCAAGAUUGCUUUAAAAUCAGUUAAGAGCUCCUUACUCUGUUUUUUUUUUUUUUUCCAACUAAUAAUACCCAGGACUAAGUUGUUUUUGUUUAAUAUUCUACAGAGAGUUGAAAUUAAUUACGACAAGUCAUCGAUCACUCCUGCCCAGUUGAUGAAUGUGUUCCGGAAAAACUAUGAACUUCUACUUGGCAUCUUCAAUCCACAAGGCUGGCUCGAGCUUACAUAUGUCGAUGAUGACAUCAGGAUAGGGAGGGAUGAUAAAGGCAAUAUCUUCAUAUUAGAGAGAUCAAGAGAAUGAGGAAUAUGGGCCCUGAGGUUUAAAUCCCAGUUAGAAGAUCUCUCUGGAAGGGCUUAAUCAGUUCAUUAACAUAACAAUCAUCGUUGCUUUACUUCAAAAAAUGUUAGGUUGUAAGUCAAAUAAACUGCAGGCACCUUUUCAAAAAAUAAUCCAGUGGAUAUAUUAGGGCAUGAAAAUUUGUUUCAAGGAAUAUCUACAGAUUCUAAUUGUAGUUUCCUUAAAGAUACAUUUUUCCUAGCUGGUUGUAAUCAAAUCAAUACCUUUCCAUAGUUA